AUGACAGCUGAUCUAUUGAAAUUGUGCGAUCCGACGGCUUAUUAUAAUCAGUUCCUGUCGGAAUCAAUUUAUCCAGAUGGUCGGUCAAUCAGUUGCUUUCGGUCAAUAUUACUACGAAUGGGUAUUAGUGGAAGAUCAGCAGGUUCCAGUUUUGCUCGGCAAGGUGGUGCAACUGUUACAUGUAAUAUUGAGCCGUUGUUGGCACCUGUUUCCGAUGCUCCCAUUAUUGUGCCUAUUAUACAGGCUGCUCCAAAUAUACCAAAAAAUUUGGUUGAAGAUGCAAUGGUUAUGGUUAAUCAACUUGUGGCACAAAACGCCUUCUGUACGAGAGAUACAUUGAAAACGGCCAAUGGACGACUAACAUGGCUUCUUAAUUUGCAUAUCAUGAUUUUAAACGUUGAUGGAGCUAUAUGUGAUGCUCUAUGUACAUGUAUAGCCGGAGCAUUGGUUGAUUUACGGCUACCUGAUGCUUCUACUGAUUGCGAAGAAGAUAUUCCCAUUAAUAUCAACAAAGUUAAGCUUAGUGAGACAUUUCAUCACAUUGAAGUUGCGGACAUUCCGGUUUCAUCGACAUUUAUUGUAUAUAAACCGCCAAAUGAAGAGGUGAAAAUUCUUUGCGAUCCAGUGUCUGAAUUGUUUCGAGUAGCUCCUAAUACAGUUAUGAUAGUAGUUGGAAACAAUGCUCGAAUCCAUCGCAUAAGCCAAUUAGGCAUAUGUGGUAAUGAAAGCACGAUGCGACAUAUGGUUAUGAUGGCUGUUGGACGACAAAAAUUAGUAGCUGAAUCGAUGCUCAAAGCUAAAGAGGCUCAUUCAAUGAGACGAAAGGAAUAA